AUGGCAGGAUCCGACCCUUCCCGCGACUUGGCUGAGUCAAGAUUCAACAACCAGCAAUUGUGUGACAACUGUACCUCAAGACCUCACGUGCGCUCAGCAAACCGGCUCGCGCCGGCGCUGCCCGCGCGGCGAAACAUCUCCCGCCAGAGCCCACUGCACAUGCGCAAUCAGACUCUCCUGCGGCCGCUCAGCUCCGCCCCUCGGAGACGCCGGGCUCCCAGAAAGGGACAGAGCGUAGAGACGCUCAAGCGCUGGCUGCAGCCGCGCAGGCGCAGUCGGGGCGCCAUCGCUGAGCCAGUCACUUUUCCUCUCGUGCUGAAGGGUUGGGGUCGUGGACCCCCGCCAGGUCUCAGCAGCACGGAGGUGCAGGCUGUCGCCGAGGGCGCGGGGCCGGGCGCCGCUAGCGGUGCGCUCCGCCCCGGGGCCCCCGCCCCUGCCCCCGGCCAGGCCCGGGCUCCAGCCCCCGUCCCAGCCGCGGCCUCGCAGUUCACUCUGCUGGUGAUGCGCCCCUGUGGAGGGCCGGACGAGGCUGCGGCCGAGGGAGUCCUGCGGCAGGCUCCGGCCCUGGGGGGCAGCGCCGGGGCGGGCAAGCCCGUUCGGUACCUGUGCGAAGUGGCGGGGGAUGGCGAGGAAGAGGCGGGGGAAGACGAGACAGACCUGCUGGACACUUCGGACCCCCCGGGGGGAGGCGAGAGCACGGCUAGUUUGGAGGAUCUGGAGGACGAGGAGACCCACUCUGGGGGAGAGGGCGGCAGCGGUGGAGCCCGGAGACGGGGCAGCGGCGGGGGCAGCAUGAGCAAGACCUGCACCUACGAGGGCUGCAGCGAGACCACGAGCCAGGUGGCCAAGCAGCGCAAGCCGUGGAUGUGCAAGAAACACCGCAACAAGAUGUACAAAGAUAAGUACAAGAAGAAGAAAAGCGACCAGGCCCUGAACUGCGGUGGGGCCGCCCAGGCUGGCAGCGCAGGAAACGUCAAACUUGAGGAAAGUGCAGAUAAUAUACUCUCCAUUGUUAAACAGAGAACAGGAUCUUUUGGGGAUCGAGCUGCAAGACCUACUCUUUUAGAACAAGUGUUAAAUCAGAAAAGACUGUCAUUACUAAGAAGUCCAGAAGUGGUGCAGUUUUUACAGAAACAGCAACAGCUAUUAAAUCAGCAAGUUUUGGAGCAAAGACAACAGCAGUUUCCAGGAACAUCAGUGUGAGCGAAUUUAUCAAGAAGUCCUACACAUUUUUUAUCUUAUUGUAGUGGAUGGACAUAUUUUUAUACU